AUGGAUUUGGAAACGCGCAUCAAAGCCUACAGGUUCGUCGCCUAUUCGGCUGUCACGUUUUCCGUCGUCGCCGUGCUUUCGGUAUGCGUUACGCUUCCCAUGGUUUAUAACUAUGUGAAUCAUGUCAAAAAGACAAUGCAUAAUGAGAUUUCCUUCUGCAAGGGAUCCGCUAAGGAUAUUUGGAGUGAGGUGCACGCGUUGAAGAACAUCCCGGCAUCGAACAGAACCGCCCGUCAAGCGUACUCCGAGGCUGCUGUGACUGGCGGCGGCGCGCAGGGCUGCGAAUCGUGCUGCCUUCCGGGCCCACCGGGACCUGCUGGAACACCGGGAAAGCCGGGACGACCUGGAAAGCCGGGCGCUCCGGGACUUCCGGGCAAUCCGGGACGUCCGCCGCAACAGCCUUGCGAGCCGGUCACACCGCCACCAUGCAAGCCAUGCCCACAGGGACCGCCCGGACCACCAGGACCACCAGGACCACCGGGAGACGCCGGAGAGCCGGGAUCGCCAGGACAGCCGGGACAAGACGCGGCGCCGGGCGAGCCGGGACAAAAGGACCACCAGGACCGAGAGCCGGGACCACCAGGAGAGCCAGGACCACAAGGACCACCAGGACCACCGGGACAACCAGGAGCUGUUGGAGCGCCCGGACAGCCAGGACCAAAGGGACCCAACGGGCCAGACGGUCAGCCGGGAGCCGACGGAAACCCGGGAGCGCCGGGACCAGCCGGACCACCAGGACAACCGGGCGAGCGCGGUAUCUGCCCGAAGUACUGCGCUAUCGAUGGUGGAGUGUUCUUCGAAGAUGGAACCCGCCGCUAA